AUGGGGGCAGGGAAGGGGGGGGGUAUAUUUUGGGUCUGAGGUGUAUGUGAGUUAGUGGUGGAGGCGAGUUGGGGGGUGUUGUUGGAGGUGGCAGUGGUUACAGCCUGUCUCAUGUGUCAGUGUACAGCGGAGCCUUGACGCAGCUGCUCUCUGCGACCUCAGUAUCGCAGCAGGUUUGAUGCCACGUUCAGAGCCUGGUUGCUUGCGCUGAAAAUGACCCUGCCUCUCCGCCGUGUAGGAAUGGCCACCACUGGGAACCUUUCCGAAGAGCAGGUGCACUGCUCCAUCUGUCUCGACGUCUUCACCAACCCUGUGUCCAUCCCCUGCGGACACAACUUCUGCCAGAACUGCAUUCUGGGAUACUGGAAAACCAGCCCUUUGUACCAGUGUCCCAUGUGUAAGAAGUCCUUCUACAAAAGGCCUGAUUUGAGCAUCAAUACUGUCCUGAGGGAAAUUGCACAGCAGUUCAAGGAGAUCAGAGUUAGAAGUGUCGAAGGGAAGGUGAGCGAGGAGGAGGAGGAGGAAGAGGAGGAGGAGGAAGACGAGACAGAAAAGAAGUGGACAAUGGAAAGAAGGAAAAAGGAGGAUGAGGAGAGGCUUUUGGUGAAAGAUCAGAAGCAGCAACUCAUGGAGGAGCUGAUGCAGAAGCAAGAGGAGGACAGGAGAAAGAAGGAGAAAGCAGGAGAGAAAAAGCCACAACAAGAGGAGUUACCACCGCUGAUACCACCCAAAACCUCUCCACCGCCAUCACCCCAAGCCAAAGCCGAGGGGCCGCCUCCACUGCCCCAAACAUCCCCACUGCCCUCACCUCAGAUCCUUCCAUCUCCAUCUCCUCAAAGCUCACCGUCAACUCCCUCCCCGUCUGUCCUGCCUUCUUCCUGGGAGGAGGUCCUCUGCGAUGUCUGCCUGGGGGAGGGCAGGCCGAAAGCGGUCAAAUCCUGCCUCGUGUGUCUGACUUCUUACUGCGAGGAGCACCUGAGGUCUCACUCCGCCAGAUUCACCAAGCACAAGCUGAUGGAGCCUGUCGCCAACAUGGAGGACAGGAUGUGUCCGAAGCACGAGAGGCUCCUGGAGCUGUUCUGCAAGAAGGAUCAGACCUGUGUGUGCGUGCUCUGCACUGAGACGGACCACCGGUCGCACUACACCGUCCCUGUGGAAAGAGAAUGGACGGAGAAGAAGGCGCAGCUGAAGAGGACAGAAAUAGACGUCCAGCAGAUGAUGCAGGACAGAGUGAAAAAGGUGGAGGACAUCAAACACUGUGUGGAACUGAAUAAAGCCAGUGCUCAGAGGGAGAUCGAGGAGACCGUCCAGGUCUUCUCAGAGCUGGUGCGCUCCAUCCAGAGGACUCAGGCCGAGCUGGUCGUGUCCAUAGAGGAGAAGCAGAGGCAGACGGAGAGGUGGGCCGAAGGCUUCAUUGCCGAACUGGAGCAGGAAAUCGAAGAGCUGAAGAGGAGGAACGCCGACCUGGAGAAUGUGGCACGGGCCGACCACAUUCACUUCUUAAAGAACUUCCCAGCCCUUAGCACUCCGCCUUCUGUCAAAGACUGGUCUGAGACCAGCGUUCCCACCGACACGUGUAUUGGCAUGAUCAGGAGAUCCGUGUCCAAACUGGAGACCACGCUGAAUGACCUGAUCGGCAAACUGGCUGACAGCGAGAUCAAAAAGAUUCUGAAAUAUUCAGCGGACGUCACUCUGGACGCUGAUUCAGCAAACCCUUGGUUGCAGCUUUCUCAGGACAGACGUCAGGUGAGACACCUGGGCGCAUGGCAGGACCUCCCAGACAACCCUGAUCGCUUUGACACAGUGGUCAUUGUCCUGGGCCGCGACGGCUUCACCUCGGGGAGACAUUACUGGGAGGUUCAGGUGGGCGACAAGGACGACUGGUACAUGGGUGUGGCCAAGUCUUCUGUCAACAGGAAGGGCAGGAUCUCUGUAAGCACCACCCAGGGCUACUGGGCUCUGGCUAUGAAGAAGGGCCAGGGUUACCGGGUGUCAACGUCCCCGCCAAUACCGCUCCCACUUGACCCCAAGCCCAAGCGAGUGGGUGUGUACGUAGACUACGAAGAGGGGCAAGUGUCCUUUUAUGACGUGAAGGCUCGGACCCAUAUUUACACAUUCAAAGACACGUUCAUGGAGAAGAUCUUACCAUUUUUCUACCUGUACUGCUGCGACAAAGCCUCUGACACCAUCAUGAUUUGUCCAGUGAAUGAGAAAAGCCUGAUCAAACAUAUAGACAUACGUAAAUCCAUAAUGUCAUCAUCCAGUGUCUUUGCUUUACUGCCGGAGGAUAAUUUCCAGUGUUCGAUCUGUCUGAAUGUCUUCAACGACCCCGUCACCACACCCUGCGGUCACAACUUCUGCAAAACCUGCCUCAGCGAGCACUGGGACAAAAGUGACUUAUGCCACUGCCCAGAGUGUAAUAAAAGAUUCCACGUGAGGCCUGAGAUCUCCACAAACAUGGUGAUCGAGGAGAUUUCUGUCCAGUUAAAGAAGAGGAGAGUUGAGACGCCGGAAUUGGUCGAUGCACCGUGGCAGGUGAGGUGCGACGUGUGCACAGAAAUAAAAUUCAAGGCCCUCAAGUCCUGCCUCGUCUGCCUGACGUCGUACUGCGAAGCCCACCUGGAGCCUCACCAAAGGGUGCCCUCCCUGAUGAGACACAGGCUUAUUGACCCGGUGGAGAACCUGGAGGAGAGGAUCUGCGCGAAGCACCAGCGGCUCCUGGAGUUUUUCUGCAGGGAUGAACAGGUGUGCAUCUGUUUGAUUUGCAGCGAGACGGACCACAGAGACCACGAGACGGUGACUGUUGAAGAAGAAGGGACUCAACAGAAAGAAAAUAUUGAGUCCAAGAAAGCAAAGAUCAACAUGAUGAUUGAGGUCCGAAUGGAAAAGAUGAAGGAAUUUAGAGACUCUUCUGAAAUGAGCAGUGAAAAAGCACAACAGGAGAUUGAGGACAGCGAGAAACUCUUUACUAGUCUGAUGAAUCAGGUACGAGAGGCACAGACUAAACUGAAAUGCAAUAUCGAGGAGAAGCUCAGGAAGUCGCGGGACAAAGACGAAGCCGUGAUUGGAGAGCUGCAGGAGGAAAUCGCAGAACUGCAGAGGAAGCAGUCUGAGCUGGAGGAGCUUUCUCAAAGUGACGACCACCUUCACCUUCUGCAGACUUUGCAGGCCUUGAGCACCAUGUCAGUCACCAAGAACUGGUCUAAGAUCAGGGUUUACUCAGACCUGUAUGUGCAGACGUUGAGGAGAGCCAUGACUCACCUUGUGCACGCUUUCCAAGCGGGGCUGAAAACUCUGACGGACGCAGAACUGACCAGGAUGAGAGGGUACAAAGAGUCAGUCACCUUCGACCCGGCAGCGGCUGGUCGCGACCUCGUGGUGACUGAACAUGGGACAUGUUUGAAGUACGUCAAAACUGAAAGCACCACACUGUCCGAUUACUUCAAGCUGGCCAAUGACAGGCCGAUGAUUUUGGGGACGAAGGGCUUCACCUCCGGGCGUCACUACUGGGAGGUCAAAGUGGGCCUGAGAACCGACUGGGAUGUCGGUGUUGCCAAGGGAACAGUAACCAGAUCCAGGCUGAUCACUCUGAAUCAAGAAAAUGGCUUCUUCGCCAUAGGAAAGAGGGGUUCUGAUUAUAAAGUUCAUUGCGCAGACUACAAGGUCCUUCACCUGUGUCCCAGGCCAAAUAAUGUAGGAGUGUAUCUGGACUAUCAGGAAGGCAGGGUCUCUUUCUUUGACGUGGACAGGAAGUUGCACAUUUACUCUUUCACAGGAGAGUCUUUCACCGGGAAACUAUUCCCAUAUUUUUAUCUCUACAGCUGGGCCAAGAAAUCGAAGCCUUUGCAUAUUACGUUUCUCUAUUGAGAGACAUAAUUCUCUAUGGAUCGGGCUUUUGAAAACCAAAGAAACUAACACAGUUAGCUGAUGAUGAGCUCCUCUGCCUUGGAAGUAAUGAUGAUGAGUACAGCUUACUUUAGAGCAGGAAAAACAUUGUUUAAUCUCCAUUUACUUUCCCAUUCACACCCCAGAUAGCCGACCAACACUGAAUCAACAUUGUCUCUCUUCAAUCAUCAGCAUUGAUUCAAUGUUGACUCCUUUAGCAUGUGCAGUAACUCGAAGCUCAGGCCUUACAUGGAGAAUCACUGCUCAGAGGGAUUUAGCAAACAGUCAAUGCACAUCAAUAAUUUUGCAUGCGCGCAGCUUACACUUUAAAAUGAAUGCAAAGGAUUUCUUAUCAGGUGAAGGCGUGAUCAAUACACUGAAUGAUUUUGCAACGUCAUGAAGAGUUGUUUUUCUUUCAUUCUGAUGUCAUUCUACAAACAUGUAUUGACUUUCUGAACAUGCACUAACUAAAAUAAACACAUGUCGUGUUGUCCUCG